UUAUUCACUUGCAUCCUAAUCUGAAAAUCGAAGAGAUUAUAUUUCCUUUCCAGGAGAGCAUAGAUUCCAAGGAAGACGAUGGCCGCCGCGAACUCGCUGCUAAAACUAACGAACCAAGUUCGAGUGGCUCGGACUGCCUUGGGUUCAUUCUCGAGAACCUUCUCUUCAGAUGCAUUGGUUGAAGUCAAGCCAGGCGAGGUCGGAAUGGUAUCCGGAAUUCCUGAAGAACAUCUUCGUAGGAGGGUUGUGAUUUACUCACCUGCAAGAACUGCUACUCAACAAGGAUCUGGGAAAGUUGGUAGGUGGAAGAUCAAUUUUGUGUCGACACAAAAGUGGGAGAACCCAUUGAUGGGUUGGACAUCAACAGGGGACCCUUAUGCUAAUGUUGGUGAUUCUGCACUCGGUUUUGAUAGUGAAGAAGCUGCUAAGUCUUUUGCCGAGAGACAUGGGUGGGAUUACGUGGUUAAAAAGCGCCAAACACCAGUGCUGAAGCUGAAGUCGUAUGCGGAUAACUUCAAGUGGAAGGGACCUGCUGUAUCUGCAGAAUGAUUAAGUUAAUUUUGCAGAUCCUGUUGCUUUUAUUCAAACCAUUAAUUAAGUUGUGAGACUCCUCUGCUCAGGUUUUAUCUGUUGCACAUUUUCUGAUGUAUCUGUUUGUGACGAUUGGAUCAAAAUAAAUGCGAUCAACAGCGAUCAAAUGGGUGUUUACCAUUUUAUCUAAUUUCUCCUCCAUUCAUUUAUGAUA